AUGGCGCCGGUGGGCGGGGGCGGGCGCCCGGGCGGCGGGCCGGCCCGAGGGCGCCUCCUCCUGGCGGCGCUGGUGCUGCCGGCGCUGCUGUGGGCGCGGGGGGCCCGGGGUCAGGGCAGCCCCCAGCCGGGCAUGAUCCUGGGCAUGAGGCUGGCGAGCUGCAACAAGUCGUGUGGGAUGAACCCGGAUGGCAUCAUCUUCGUGUCCGAGGGCAGCACGGUGAACCUGAGGCUGUACGGCCAGAGGCUGGGCGAAAUCUCCAGCAACCUGAUCUCCUUCACCGAGGUGGACGACGCCAACACCGCCCACAACUCCACCAACUGUCUCGAGCUCACCAAGGACCUGGUCGUCCAGCAACUGGUCAACGUGAGCCGCGGGAACACGUCCGGGAUGCUGGUGGUGUUCACCAAGUUCCUCCGGAGGAGCGAGAACAUGAAGCUUUAUGCGCUGUGCACCAGGACCCGGGAUGACGGGCCCUGGCUCAAGUGGACAGACAAGGACUCGCUGCUGUUCAUGAUGGAGGAGCCCGGGAGGUUCCUGCCGCUCUGGAUGCACAUCCUCCUCGUUUUGGUGCUGCUGGUGCUGUCGGGCAUAUUUUCUGGCCUCAACCUGGGGCUUAUGGCCCUGGACCCCAUGGAGCUGCGCAUCGUGCAGAACUGUGGCACUGAGAAGGAGAAGAGGUAUGCCCGCAAGAUAGAGCCCAUUCGGCGCAAGGGCAACUACUUGCUCUGCUCCCUGCUCCUGGGUAACGUGCUGGUCAACACUUCCCUCACCAUCCUCUUGGACAACCUCAUUGGGUCUGGCCUCAUGGCUGUGGCCUCCUCCACCAUUGGCAUUGUCAUUUUUGGGGAGAUCUUACCUCAGGCCCUGUGCUCCCGACAUGGGCUGGCCGUGGGUGCCAAUACCAUCGUUCUUACCAAAUUCUUUAUGCUGCUCACCUUCCCCCUCAGUUUCCCCAUCAGCAAACUCCUGGACUUUUUCCUAGGCCAGGAGAUUCGCACUGUUUACAAUCGGGAGAAACUGAUGGAGAUGUUGAAGGUGACAGAGCCCUAUAAUGACCUCGUGAAAGAGGAGCUAAAUAUGAUCCAGGGUGCUCUGGAACUACGGACCAAAACUGUGGAGGAUAUCAUGACCCAGCUCCAAGACUGCUUCAUGAUCCGCAACGAUGCCAUCCUGGACUUCAACACGAUGUCGGAGAUUAUGGAAAGCGGCUACACUCGCAUUCCUGUGUAUGAAGAUGAGCAGUCCAACAUCGUAGAUAUCCUGUAUGUCAAAGACUUGGCCUUUGUGGACCCUGAUGACUGCACCCCCCUCAAGACCAUCACCCGCUUCUACAACCACCCGGUACAUUUUGUCUUCCAUGACACCAAGUUGGAUGCCAUGCUGGAGGAGUUCAAGAAGGGGAAGUCCCACCUGGCCAUCGUGCAGAAGGUGAACAACGAGGGUGAGGGCGACCCCUUCUAUGAGGUGCUGGGCCUGGUCACCCUGGAGGAUGUCAUCGAGGAGAUCAUCAAGUCCGAGAUCCUGGACGAGUCGGACACGUACACUGACAACCGAAGCCGGAAACGGGUGUCUGCAAAGAACAAGCGUGAUUUCUCCGCCUUCAAGGAUGCUGACAAUGAACUCAAAGUCAAGAUCUCUCCUCAGCUGCUUCUGGCUGCCCAUCGCUUCCUGGCCACAGAGGUGCCCCAGUUCAGUCCCUCUCUGAUAUCAGAGAAGAUUCUGUUGCGGUUGCUCAAGUACCCAGAUGUCAUCCAGGAGCUCAAGUUUGAUGAGCACAACAAGUACUAUGCCCGCCACUACCUGUAUACCCGGAAUAAGCCGGCCGAUUACUUUAUCCUCAUCCUGCAGGGGAAGGUGGAGGUGGAGGCAGGCAAGGAGAACAUGAAGUUUGAGACGGGCGCCUUCUCCUACUAUGGGACCAUGGCCCUGUCCUGGGUCCCCUCUGACCGCUCCCCAUCGCACCCCAUGCCCCUCAGCCGCUCAGCUUCCCUCAGUUACCCGGACCGCAGCACAGAUGCGUCCACCACGUCCACCCUGGCGGCUGGCAGCAACCAGUUUGGCAGCUCCAUCCUGGGCCAGUACAUCUCGGACUUCAGUGUCCGGGCACUCAUGGACCUGCAGUACAUUAAGAUCACACGGCAGCAGUACCAGAACGGGCUGAUGGCCUCCCGCAUGGAGAACGGCCCACAGUUUCCGCUGGACGGGUGCACCACCUGCACGGAGAACUUCACCGAGAAGCCCGAGCUGCCCGUGGUGGAUGAGACCACGACGCUGCUCAACGAGCGCAACUCCUUGCUGCACAGAGCCUCCCCGGACAGCGCCAUCUGACAGCAGGGCCCGGGGCCCUGCCCGCCCCGCAGGGCCUCCCCAGUGGGCCACACCGAGAGAGGGGGCCUGUUAGGCCACAGGGGUGCGGAUUGCCUGUGUGACUGAGCAGCCAGGGUGCUGCUGACAGGGACCUCUAAACAGGCUGCGGUGGCGCUGCCAGCCCUGGACUGGUGGGCGGUGGAUCAGCCACCUGAGCAAAGGCUGUUUCUUACUGAGGACUUCUAAACUAGGCUCAUUGCUCCUCUUUUAAAAUAUCAUUUUGGGAAGGGAAGACAGGGUUAAAGAACUUUAUGUUAAAAAAAAAAAAUGUUUUUUCAAAACAAAAAAACAAAAAACAAAAAAACCAAAACUUUAAAAGGGGGAGGGAUCCCCACCCUGGAAGCAAUAGCCAUAAUCUGCUCCCAGCCAUGACCUUCCAGCCUAUGUCCCUGCCUCGGCGAGCCCACCCUUUCCUGCAGAGCGGGGACCAGUGCCUGUAGAAGGAGUUGGCUUCUUCCAGAAGCAAGGAACCCAGGCCUGAGGUCAGCUGCUUGAACAUGUGCACACCCAGGGCCGACUGUGUCUGGGUAACUGUGACCAGGGGCACAAUAGCCCUGGCCACGGAGAAGAGCACAUCUUCUGUCACCGCUGGACCCAGGAACCUAUCAGAACUCCGUGGAUGGGCUCUCCCGGUGAGUCAGGGCUCGCUGAGGAUUCUCCUCCGGCCCCCCAUCUCCCCUUUCGAAGAACUCCCACCUGGUACGGAGUGAGCAGUGUCAGGCGGGCCAUAGGCGUCAGGCUGCUCCCUGCUCCCCAGGCUUGUCUCUGCCUUGCCAAAGGCCCCCCUUGGUGGGCAGGGCAUCUAUGCCAGAGAUUACUUGUCAGGUACCCCUUCUGGAUCCAGGGGUGAAUCUGGCCCUAGGCUUCUGUGCUGUAGCAGCCAUGACCACCCACCCAUCCCCACCCUACAAGAGGAGCCAGGGCCUACCUGGCCCAGGAAGCCACCCUUCUAGAUUCCUCCUCCUCUCCAAGCCCUAGUCCCUCUGGGGGGCUGUGGACAAGAGGGCAUGUUGAAGCCACCAGGACGGUUCUUCAUGCCCUUUCCUGUGGCUGGCCGAGGUCACCUAACCUUCUUCACCCCCUUAUGGGAUCCCAUCAGUGGGGUUCACAAGGGAGAGGUCUGUGGGAGAGCAGAGGAGUAGCCUCGUUUCCUCUCAUCCACAUGACCCUGGUGUGAGGGCUCGGACUGGCCCGCGCUGACGCUGGUACUGCGUGAGAGCCUCCCACACCUGCAGGAAGUCCUACCCCAGGGCCUGCUCCAGAGCUCCUGGCUCCCACCAUGGGGGAGGCUGUGGGACCAAGGGCUGCCUUCUGUCAGGAAGCACAGGAGCUGGGGCACCAGAUCCAGGUGAGGGAAGCUGCCCACCUUCCGCCUGCGUGGCAUGUGUUCGUGCCUUUCCUCAGCCAGGGCAGUCCUGUCACCCAGUGCUCUGCUCUCCAGGCACCUAGAGAAUCCUAACUCCUGGCACUAGGGAGUGUCCUGCCCUGGCCAGUCUAAGGCCUCCCCAGGCACAGAAUUAACUCCUAGAAGCCUGGGGAGCUGUCGAUGCCUGUGGGCUCUCGACCAUAAGGGAAAAGAGAGCAGCUUGCUUCUGAGUCCCCACAGGAGCUGGCAGAGUUGUGUUCCUGAGAGGCCAGGGUGCCGGCAGAGCAAAGCACGUUGGCCCUAACCUCGUGGGUGUGUGUAGAGCAGAAGGAGCAGGUGCACUCACUUCCACAGCUACCUCUUGCACACACAGUCACUACCAACAGGUGGUCCCCCUCCUCCUCUCCCUUUCCCAUUGAUAAUCACUUCCUGAAGAGGGUCAUAAUUAUUCCCAGAUAUCACCAGUCCAAUGACUUCCUCCUCCCAGUGCAAUUUCUCACUUCCUAUUCCAACCUCUGGUUCCUGGGCUGAGCCAUACCCUGGACCUGGCCUGCUCCGCUUGUCUUCCUGGGCCAGGGAGACCUUGGCAAAUGGCAUCCAAAUGGGUAGGCAAGUCACAGCCACCGUAGCAGAUGACUCCUAUUUAUUUUGCGUAAGAUUUUAAUUUGUAUAUUUUUGUGAUUUAUUUUGGCAUUGUUAUGAGUUUGACUCUCGGGGAGUUUUGUUGUUAUGACUCUUGUGUCUUUUGUCACAAAACAAUGAUAAUAUUUGCUAAACAAUAUACGGAAUUUAUUUUUGAUUGGUAAUAAAAAAUGAAAUAUAUGUAA